UGCGUCUUCUAACCCGUUAAAAAAGCAAGCAACUUGGCGGGUGUGCCCGGGGCUUGCCAGGACCCCUCGGGACUCCUGAACUCAGACUCGCAUGCGCUUCGAGGAAACAGUAGCGCGCAGCGCGGCUUCCAAGCACUUCCACUUACUGUGACUGAAACGUGUCUUGGUGAAAGGUGUCUUUAUGAAUAUGUGGGCUCCGUUGCUGCUACUCGCUUGCCUCCUAUUUGUACCAAUAGGCAGAAGCGAGAAAGCACGGCUGAGGGCGAUGAGACAAAGAGACGUGAGUGAGUUGCCUGACCGGUGCGAUGAGAGUGAUAUGGGCAGCAAGAAUUGCACAAGAAACACAGCUGAAGCCUUUCUGCCUUUUCGUUACAAUGGCUGCUUGCAAGGACCUCCAGGGCAUACUGGCAAAGAUGGGAACCCAGGUGUAAAUGGCAUUCCUGGCACUCCAGGCAUUCCAGGAAGAGAUGGCCUGAAAGGUGAAAAAGGAGAAUGCAUGAGGGAAAGCUUUGAGGAACCAUGGAAACCUAACUAUAAACAGUGUGCCUGGAGCUCACUGAAUUAUGGCAUAGAUCUCGGCAAGAUUGCGGAUUGUACCUUCACAAAGAUGAGGACGGACAGCGCUCUCAGGGUAGUUUUCAGUGGUUCUCUGCGUCUCAAGUGUAAAAAUGCUUGCUGUCAACGUUGGUACUUCACCUUUAAUGGUGCAGAGUGCACCGGUCCCCUGCCAAUUGAAGCCAUUAUCUACCUGGAUCAAGGAAGCCCAGAAUUAAAUUCAACAAUAAAUAUUCACCGAACUUCAUCAGUGGAGGGGCUUUGUGAAGGGAUUCAUGCCGGACUGGUAGACGUUGGUGUAUGGGUGGGUACCUGUGCAGACUACCCACGAGGAGAUGCAUCUACUGGAUGGAAUUCUGUGUCAAGGAUCAUCAUUGAAGAACUUCCUAAAUGAAAUACUGCUGUAAACAUCAAAGUUUUAUUAAAAUUACAGCUUUUUCAUAAUGUUCUCUAUAGAGCAUAAAGAUAGUUUAAAAAUAAAUCAGAAUGCAGCAAUCUUUUUAUACAUUUAAUGCUUAUAAAACAUGAAUAUUUACCAUACAAACUGAAUAGACAUUUGGAGUGUUAUGUUUUGCAACAAGAUAUUUUCAUUAACAUAUUGAAGUAAAUAAAAUUACCUGUUUAUACAGUAAUUAAAAACUGAAUCAUGAA